GUGUCGGCUUGCUGCGCGCAGCCCCUUCUCAGCCUCGCCAGAGCCCGCAGAGUCCAGAGACUGUUGCUAGGGGGAGUGUGGGCUCGAGGUUUUGAGCCCCAACUUGUGUAACCUCGGGGUGCGGAAGGGAGUGGAGGCCCCAGUUGGUUUCCUUUUUUGUUUGCGGAAAGGGCCAAGGUCGCUCCUCCCAUCUUUCACUUUUCCCGAGAACUCAGGGAACACACGUUUGUGAACCACGAGGUACUGACUCGAACCACGUGCUGCCUCCGAGUGUCGCAGUCACCGCAUUCUGAGUUCGCUCAAGUGUGAGCACCUCUAGUGUAAACACGCUGGUUGGAAGCGUCUUCGUUGAAGAUAAGGGCAAAUGUCCAGAGGAUGGUUGGGAUGAAAGUACACUUGAACUCUUUCUCCAUGAGCUCGCAAUCAUGGACAGCAACAAUUUCCUGGGCAAUUGUGGCGUGGGAGAAAGGGAAGGGCGAGUGGCCUCAGCGUUAGUUGCUCGGCGUCAUUACAGGUUCAUUCAUGGAAUUGGACGAUCGGGUGAUAUUUCUGCUGUGCAACCAAAAGCUGCAGGUUCUAGCCUUUUGAACAAAAUUACCAAUUCUUUGGUCCUGGACAUCAUAAAGAUGGCUGGUGUCCAUACAGUGGCCAAUUGCUUUGUAGUGCCUAUGGCAACUGGUAUGAGUUUAACUCUGUGUUUCUUGACAUUACGACACAAAAGACCAAAGGCAAAGUAUAUUAUAUGGCCACGAAUAGACCAGAAGUCCUGUUUUAAAUCCAUGAUCACUGCAGGUUUUGAGCCUGUGGUGAUAGAGAACAUUUUAGAAGGUGACGAGCUGCGCACGGACCUGAAAGUAGUGGAAGAGAAAAUCCAGGAACUUGGGCCCGAUAACGUGCUGUGUGUUCAUUCUACUACAUCCUGUUUUGCUCCAAGGGUACCUGAUAGAUUAGAAGAACUGGCUGUACUUUGUGCUAAUUAUGACAUUCCACAUAUAGUCAACAAUGCUUAUGGAUUGCAGUCUUCGAAGUGUAUGCACCUCAUUCAGCAGGGGGCUCGGGUUGGUAGAAUAGAUGCCUUCGUUCAGAGCUUGGACAAAAAUUUUAUGGUUCCAGUAGGUGGCGCUAUAAUUGCUGGCUUUAAUGAUUCUUUCAUUCAGGAAAUCAGCAAGAUGUAUCCAGGAAGAGCUUCAGCUUCACCUUCUUUAGAUGUCCUUAUUACUUUAUUAUCACUUGGAUCAAAUGGCUAUAAGAAGCUAUUAAAAGAAAGAAAGGAAAUGUUUUCAUAUUUGUCCAUCCAACUAAAGAAGCUGUCAGAAGCCUACGAUGAAAGACUGCUGCAUACACCUCACAAUCCCAUAUCUUUAGCUGUGACACUUAAGACACUAGAUGAACACCAUGGCAAAGCUGUCACUCAGCUUGGCUCGAUGCUUUUUACCAGACAGGUUUCUGGAGCCAGAGUUGUGCCUCUUGGGUCUGUGCAAACUGUGAGUGGCUACACUUUCCAAGGCUUCAUGUCACAUACAAAUGAUUACCCUUGUGCUUACCUCAAUGCUGCAUCAGCCAUCGGAAUGAAGAUACAGGAUGUGGACUUGUUCAUAAAGAGACUGGACAAGUGUUUAAAGACAGUAAGAAAAGAACAAAAUAGAGAGAACAAUGUAUCUGGAGUUGACGAUGACAACACUGAAGAUGUGGAUACUGAAGAAAUGGGCUUAAAACUAGAGAAUGUAAUUCUUGACACAUAUCAGGAUUCUUCUUCAUGACAUGUGAAGGCUUUCUUCUUGAUAAUUUGAAAGAAAUGAUGAGGCAACAGUACAAGUUUAAAGAGAGGACUUGAGACUUUUGAAUUGAGAGUGUCAUGGACAAUGUGUGGUCAGGGAAUAGAAUAUGGUCUGAUUUAGCCAUUUAUGAUUGUUAACAUUUUUUCUUCUUACACAGCCUCAAUCAUUAUGAUCCUUAACAGGUUAUAAUACACAAUUAGCAUUUUUCUAAUUGUGAGAAUAUUUGUCAAUUAAACAUUAUGAUUCAGAUAAUUCUUACUAAUAGAAGGACAGUAAAAUUACCACCAUACUCUUUGAAAUGUUAGACUGCUUUUUCCCAACCCUUCUCUACCACUUACAAAUGACUUAUGUUUCUGAUCACACAGAAUUUAGAAAGAUCUCUAAUGCUACUAAUUACUAGGUGUUUGUUGAUGUGUGCAAGUCACAGUGCCUAUAAAAUGGACAUUCCCCAAGGAAGCAGGGGAGAGCUUUCAUUUUCUCCCAACAUCAGUGGCUUUCAACUGGGGAUGAUUUGCUUCUAUCUAAGCAACAUCUGGGACAUUUUUGAUUAUUAUGACUGGUGGGAUGGUAUUGACUUCUAACAUCCUACAGUAGACAAGACAACUUCCCCAAACAAAGAAUUAUCCAGCCUUAAAUCUCAGUAGUGCUGAGGCUGAAACAUUGCUCCAAGGUAAAUGAACUCAAGUGAAGAGGUUUCCACAACAACUUCAAUUACUUAGCAGUGCUUCAGAGAAGAUAGCUCUAUAGUGUUAAUCUCUCUUUGUGGUACGGACUCCUUCCUAGGUAAUAACCAGGGUUACCAGUCCUAAAUAUGUAAUUAUAAAUUGUUUUAUAUGGCCUUGUGCAUCUUUCCAGUUGGGCAAGUGAAAACUUUAUUCCACUGUUUUUGCUUUAAGCAGCCUUCAUGUAUUGGUUAGUUUGCUCAGGUGUUGUGCACAGCCAUCAGCAAGAGUGGUUAACCGUGGGUAUUUUGAACAUAUUUUGCUAGGGAGGUGAAAAUGAUGUAGUAUGCUAAAGAGGUGUAUUCCCCCCUCCCUGCCCACAUGCUCAUUUGCUGAUUCUGAAAUUCCAGACCUGUUGGCUGUAACAAUCAUUUUUGUUGUUAAUUUUAAGAAAUAGGCUGAUGUCUCAUAGUCUGAGGAGUUAGUGAAGCUUCUGAAUAUACCAAAUGGUGAAGCUGUGUUUCUCAAGACCUGCUCCGUGGAGUGUUGUUCCUAAGAGGUGCUCAUGGGAAUAAAAGAUCCUGUGGACAGAUAAUUCAGGGACUUUGCAGACCUGCCUAUUGGCAUGUCAAAGGCUGUAAGAGUUCCUUUGAAACCAGUUUGAACGUUUCAUUAUCUGAAGACUUACGGACAUCCAUUGUGAACAUACUUUUGAAAACACUACAGUAGAGAAGGCUGCAUUGGUUUCUGGGUUGUAUUUUUUCUCUCUAUUGAUUUAGCAGUGUGAACUGUUAAACACGAGCUCAGACAGAUCCACUCCCACUAAUGUGUAAGUUAGAAUACUUUAGACACUGGCUUAACAGCCUUGGAAGUCAAGACUGUUGAGAUAAAGUACUUAAUUAUAAAUAUAAAAGUUGCUCUUAAAUUAUUAUAUCUUUGGAGUUCAAAUAUUUUAAUAGCUGUUUUUUAAAAAUAGCUUUAAUAAGUCAUUUUAAAGGAGUAAAUCCUGGAUUAAAAAGUUGUGUAAUGUUUUCUAUGUGAAUUUGGGACUGAAUUGUAGAACCAAUAAAGCUGAAUAGCCUCCACAGAA